AUGACGCCGUUCCCUCCCCGCUGUCCGAUCUCUGCUGUUGCCGUCUUCCGACCGACUUUAUUGGGUCGCCCGUCACCGUUGCGUCCUCCACCGAACACACGCAUCGUACCGGGCCUCGGGUCCCCCGCGAUAUGCAUUCAUGACUUGAGCCUUGCCCGCCGUAUCCCCGCACCCGCCCGUACGCGCUUCGAUUUUGGUGCCGCGUUCCCUCCAUCUCCUUCCCCCCUCUCUCGCCUCGUCACCGCCAUGCCCGUUCCGCAACACGUCUUGAAUUGGCUCUACAGCGUUCUCACAAGUGAAUACCACGAUGUGAACCGCACCUACAACGAUGUGGCACAGGCGCUCUCCCACUACUCCUCUCUAUCGCCGCGGACCGAUGUCCACACCUUUGACAAUGGUGCCUCCGCCCUUCUCCUCCACCUCUCUGGCACCUUGCCAGUCAUCUUCAGAGGCACCACCUACCGCUUCCCAAUCUCAAUAUGGGUUCCUCACGCCUACCCUCGAGAGGCUCCGCUGGUCUACGUGACUCCCACCGAAACCAUGAUGGUCCGACCCGGCCAGCAUGUAGACCCCCAAGGACAGAUUUAUCAUCCAUAUCUUGUAGGAUGGGCCGCUUUCUGGGAUAAAUCAACCAUCCUCGACUUCCUCGCCAUCUUGAGAGACAUCUUUGCCAAAGAGCCGCCCGUCAUCGCCCGACAACAACUAAGUCAACAACAGCCUCCUCUUCAUGCCGCCCCUCCUUCGCAAACAUAUGGCCAAACGCCUCCUCCUCUCCCGCCUCUGCCCCCUGAUUUGGCUCCUCGUCCAGCCAGCCGCCCGCCGACCGAGGCACCCACAGGUUCUUCACGCCCUCCACCUCCCCCGCCAAAACAAUCCGGCCCUGAGCCUUCGUACCGGAGCCCGCCGCCCCCGAUCGAAGCGAGACACGGCCCCCCUCUACCGCCUUUACCACCUGGUGCCGAACGUACAACAGUUCAUGGAAACCACAGUGUACAUCCGCCAAAUCGGUCUCAGAGUCAGACUUACUCCCGUUACGACUCGGCUCCCCCUCUGCCUCCGGUACCUGCCUCGCAACAACUAUCAUCACCAGCCCUGUCCCCACGUUCCGCGCACGAUCUUCAGCAGCAUCAGCGGCACCAAUUUUCUAACGACGACGCUCCUCAUCCACAAGGUACCUCCGAAGACCCUCGGCACUCCGCCCUGUUCCUACCUCAUCGGCAAAGUGCUUCUCAAUACGAUGGACCUCCGCCCAGGUGGCAGCCGGCCGGGCAGUAUCAGGCACAGCUGCUGCAGCAAGAACGGCGCUUACAGCACCAGCCAUCUCUGCAACAGAAUAUAGCAAAGCCAGCGCCGCCUCCGGAUCUGCUCGAUGAGCCUCUCACCUUGAGUAUACCUUCGCCAUCAUCCGUCCCCGCGCCACCAAUACCUCCAAACCCGGAGAAAGAUGCAUUGCUGCACCAACUAGCGCAAACGCUCCACUCCCUUCGUCAACGUAGUCGGCAACAGAACGAGUCCAGCAUGGCAGGCUUGCAGGCGCAACGUACAGCCAUGAUAUCCGCAUUUUCGACGUUACAGUCCGAGAUGGGCACCUUAGGUCAAACGUCGGCCCUACUUCAGAGCAACGCAAACAUCCUCGUGGAAGCGCUGCGAAAGGCUGACGCUGUCAUUGAGGGCUCGUCACGUCAGACCGCCCCCGACAUCGAUGAAUUGCUAGUGGCGCCUACGGUUGUGGCCAAUCAGCUCUACGCGCUGGUGGCCGAGGAGAAGGCCAUUGGGGACACCAUUUUCGUGUUGGGCCGGGCUGUGGAACGGGGUAGAAUUUCACCUGCUGUCUUUUCCAAGACGACGCGCUCUCUUGCUCGCGAAUGGUACUUGAAAAAGGCAUUGGUUCGCAAGAUAGGGAAGGGAAUGGGGUUGACAGCAUAG